CCCAUUCCGUUUGAAAAAACAAACCGCAACUCUGAUCGAAGACGUUUCAACCCUGACGAAACCGCCACCCAUUCCUGUUUCGAGAUGAGUGAAGAGGUUGAGGAGAAAGUCAAGUCUGCAGAUCGCAGCGAGCUGUUGGACAAGGCGAAGAAGUCUAAUGAGGCUGUGCAGCACGGCAAGUUCCGUGCGGCUAUUGACAUGUAUACUGAGGCGAUUGCUCUGGACUUGAGGAACCACGUUCUGAUCAGCAACCGUUCUGCCGCCUUUAUUCAUGUCAAGGACUAUCAGGAGUCGUUGAACGACGCAGAGCGUGUCAUCGAACUCAAACCGUCGUGGCCAAAGGGAUACUACAGGAAAGGAGUUGCUCUUCAGUGUUUGGAGAGAUACGAAGAGGCUCUGGUGUCUUUCUCUAAGGGAUUGGCGUUGGACUCGAGCAAUGCUCAGAUAUUGGCAGCUCUCAUUGAUGCUGCGCUUAUGUCGUCAAUUGGAGGCACAUUUCAAACUGUCUUGGAGCAUUUCCAAGAAUCUCACCUGGACAGUAAUGUGUUUGUGAUGAUGUCCAUUAUUGGUCAGCAACUUUUGACAAAUUCACUUCUUGACGAAGCCUUCCAUGUACUGACAGGAGCUGAAACUGUUGGAACAGACAACGAGAAACUGAAAGCAUCUCUUAUGUUAGCACUUGGAACAACUUGCUGGAAGCUGGGAUACAUUGACAAAGCACUAGAAAAAAUGCAUAUGGAACUGGAGAUUGCCAAGUCUUUGGAAGAUAAAGCAGGAGAAUGUCGAGCACUGAACAAUCUUGGCAAGUGUUACCAGCAGAUAGGAAAUUAUGAAGUUGCAGAGAAACACCACAAACGACAGGUGUUGGUUGCACUUGAUUUGAAUGAUGUCGAAAUGGCAGCAUCAGCCAUGAGUAAUCUUGGUCAUACUUACUAUGCCUUGAAAGAGUUCACAAAAGCUUGUCAGUGUCAUGAAAAAUGCCUGGAAUAUGCAAAAGAUCUAGAUGAUGCCUUACUCAUGUCUCAGGAAUUGGGCAGUGCCGGAUGCUGUCAUCUAGUUGUUGGAGAAAUUGAGAGAGCAUUUGAGUGUUUUGACGAACAACUGGAGAUUGCCUCAAAACUAGAAGAUCAUGCCGAAGAAGCCAAAGCAUAUGCUAACCUUGGAGCAGCUCACCAAUCUCAAAGAAAUUUCAACGAUGCUCUUUAUUGCAACCAAAAGUUGCUUGAUCUUGCGCAAGACAUAGGAGACCACCAGCUUGAAGCUCGAGCGUAUGCAGGUAUGGGUCAUGCUAAUAGCAGCCUGGGAAGCUUGAAACAGGCUUACGCAUGUCACUCUCAACAGCUAGCAGUCAGUGAUAAGAUAGGUGAUAGCAUUGGACAGGCACACUCCGUUUCCAAUCUUGGCAACAUAUGUCAACAGCUGGGCAACUUCGAUGAGGCGUUAAAGUAUUUUACCACUUACCUAUUGAAAAUGAGAGAGUUGAAAGAUAAAGUUGGUGAAGCAAGGGCCUAUGGCAAUUUGGGAACAACUCACAGUGCUCUAGGAAAUCACCAGGAAGCUGUCAAGUUCCAUCGGUGUAUGCUAAGUAUAUCUCGAGACAUCAAUGACCAGCGUGGUGAGGCAAGCACUUGUGGUAACUUGGCAAUUGCGUAUCAGGCACUGGGUGACUAUGACCAAGCAAGUGAAUUCUUUGGUCGUCAACUUCAUAUGGCACAGAAACAGGGAGACUUGAUGAUGGAAUGCCAGGCAUUAAAUAACAUGGGUAAUUUCUAUUGUUUACUUAGUCGACCUGGUGAUGCUGUGUCCUACUUGAGACAGAGUCUCGAAUAUGCUGUCCAGCUCCAGGAUAUAGGAAGUCAGCUGAAGGCUUGUGGCAACCUUGGCAAGGCAUAUGACUCUAUGGGAAAUAUUGCUGAAGCAAGGAACUAUUAUGAGCGUGCGUUUGCACUUGCCAAGCAGAUGGAGAACCAUGGAGGCAUGUCUACUGCUUCAGUUAGUCUGAAUCAGAUAUACAAAACACUAGGUGAUUUUCAAAAAGCUGUGGAACAUCACGAAGAAGUCUUGGUGUUGUCAACGCAACUGAAACAUGUUGUUGGGCGAUGCAAUGCUCUAGCAAAUUUGGGGGAUAUAUACCUCAACACAACUGAUUGUACAAAGGCCAUGGGUUAUUACGACGAUUUACUCACAACAUCUCAGAGAGAGGAACAACGGUCUUUUGAAGCUAUAGCUUACAAAGGAUUGGGUAAUGUCUUCAAUGAACUUGGGGAUCAUGUCAAAGCACUGGAGUACUACGCCAGAGAUUCACAGAUCAGACAAGAGCUGCAGGAACCUGUUGGUCUUGGGACAGCAUACAUGAAUAUGGGGUCAGCGUAUAAUUCUCUUGGCCACUUUGACGAUGCUAUCGAAUGUUACAAAAAGAAGCUUGCGAUUGCAGGGGAGCUGAAUGACAAAUUGGGAGAAGCAGCUGCGCUUGGCAUGUUAGGAAUUGUUGAACGGAACAAAGGGAAUUUUCAUCAAGCUCUGAGGUACCAUGAGCAACACUAUCAGCUUAUGGCAGAAGGUUCAUGCGACAUGGAUGACCAAGAAGUGCUAGAAGAAUUUGGUGCAGCAUGUGCCAAUUUGGGUGACUCUCAUGAGUUACUAAAUCAGUUUGCUGAAGCUGUCAAAUACCACGAGCAAGUUCUGGAGGUCGCACAACGUUCCCUAAAUGUAUAUCAAGAGAUGCGAGCUUAUGCUGGCCUUGGCAGGUCAAACAUCAAACUAGGGAAGACACAUGCAGCAUUUAUGUUUUUUCAGCAUCGCUUGCAGUUGGCUAUUCAGCAACGAGAUUUGAUCAACGAAGCUGAAUGUUAUGCUGACAUGGGAGACAUCCAAAGGGUGUUGGGGUAUUAUCCAGCUGCUCUCGACUACCAUCAAAGACAGCUGCAGAUUGCAUGGAAUUUGGGUGACAAACGAGGAGAAAGUGAUGCUAUCUAUGGUCUUGCUGAGGUUUGCAUUAGUAUGGGAAACUACCAAGAUGCAGUAAAGCACCAACGUGAAGAUCUUGUGAUAACAAAAGAAAUAGGUCAGGAGAUGCGACUGCUGAGAGUUUAUAGCCGCCUUGGAUUCAGCUACCGCAUGCUGGGAGAGUUGGCUAAGGCUGUGGAGUGCCACAUUGAGGCCAAGAUGCUUGCAGGAAAUAUAAGCAAACCAGAGCUCCUCUGUGUUGCUUGCUGUGACCUUGGUGUCGAUUACCGUUUGCUUGGAGAGCAUGACAAAGCACUAAAACAACUGGAAGAAGGACUGAACCAUGUGAACUUAGUCCCUAGUCGGAGUGGUGAGCACGAAGCCAAGCUGAGACACAACAUGGGUCUUGUGCUUGUUGAGGCGGAUAAUUUGCAAAUGGCCUGUAUUCACUUAUAUCGUUCUACUGCUAUUCUUGACCGUGUUAGAAGAGAGCAGCACUUCAGUGGGCAAGAAGACAAGGAGUUGCGUAAGCUUCAAGCACUUGGCUACAGCAAGCUGCAGCAGGCUUUAGUCAGGCAAGGUGAAAUUGAAGAAGCUCUUUGUGUGGCUGAACGUGCGAAAGCUAGUGCAUUUGCAUCGUGUCUUCUGGAAAGAGAAGUGAACCCAGAAGUUAUCAGAUCAUCCAGUUUGCUUCAGGAGCUAUCCACUUUCUCUGUUCAGGACAUCUUAACCACUGUGAAGAAAACACAAGGAACUGUCAUAUAUUUCUCUCUUGUGCAAGAUUAUCUUUACACGUGGGUACUGACUCCUGAUCAGGGUAUUGUCAAAUUCCAAGAGGUCCUCUUGCCUGGCAACAUAACAACUGGUGCUGAUUCUGAUGUCUCUGAUGGACCAGAGUCCAAUUUGAGCCUUGCUGAUCACAUUGUCCUUGCUAGGCACUCUCUUGGCAUUGACAUUGAUCACAUCAGGGCUACGCCAUCGCUCACCUCUCAUGGCCAUAGUGACGGUCAAUAUGUACCACCAUUGUCACCAGCCAACAGCCUAGAUAGUGAAGAGCGUUGUUGGCCUUCAAUUGAUCAGCUGGAUAGUCUAAGUGGAAGUGACGUUCCUAGAAGCCGCUCACCAACUGAGGGAGUAGAUAAGAAACAGGGAUUGGCACGGAAAGGAUCUAUAAAGCGAUCUAAACAACCACCACCGGUACCACCCAAACCAAAACGUGUGUCUUCGUUGCCUCAUCACGGGUUCAAAGUCUAUCGCAAGAGUCCAGUUGAUAUUGAAGUUUCCAGUGAUGUUGUUGAUGCAGCUGCAGCAGUUAUUGCUGGUAGUAGGGCUGGCAGUCCAGUGCGAGCAGUUCCCUCAUCAGGAACAGUAAGAGAACCUCAGUCUCGGUAUUCUUUUCGAGAGUCGAGCUUGAAAGCCAAACGCUGGCUUCCCAACAGUUCCAGUCAUGUAAAUCAAAUCGACAUCCGUGUUGUUCAAGAAAGCUUAGAUAUACCCGGUUCUCAUUACAGUGGUAGCAUUUCCUCCUUCAAGCGUGAUGCACAGGCUUGGCAGAGCCUGUAUGAUUUGCUAUUGGCUCCUGUUGAAGAUUACCUUCCUGAAGUACCUGGUGGACUGGGCUCUCAUAAACUCCUUGUUGUAAUUCCAGAUGGAGAUCUGUAUCUUGUGCCGUUUGGCUUACUCCAUUCUGUCAAAGACAAGCAUCUUCUCUGUCAUCAUUAUCGUUUCAUCGUGGCUCCAUCUCUUCAUGCACUAAGUCACCAACGAUCUCCAUCUCCAGCUAGCCGCCGUGUCUCAGUCCAGAGUGAAAAACUGCCACAUCCUUCUGAACGAUUCCUUGUCAUAGGCAAUCCCAGAGCACCAGCACAGAGCAAAGAAGUCAAAUGGUGGGGAUCACUACCAGGAGCUGAAGCAGAAGCCAAUGCUAUUGCUGACCUCCUUGGUUGCAAACCAGUUCUCAAAGAAGAGGCCACAAUGACUCGCGUAAUUGAAGCCAUGCCUCAUGCUGAAUUGGUUCACUUUGCUACAUACUUGUCAUGGAAUCUUUCCGUGUUAGUGCUUGCUGCCCCACAACAGAAACUGAGUGGUGAUCCUCUUGACCAUGUCGGUGAAGUGCAAAUAGCACCAGAGUUAUCAGAGUUUCUUCUGACAUUGGAUCGAAUUCUGGAGCUGCCAAUGCAGGCCAAAUUGGUGGUAAUCGGGGCAUCUCUACGAGGAAGCCAUGGUGCUGUUAGUGCUGAUGGGGUUCUCAGCCUCACUCGAGCAUUUCUUGCUUCUGGUGCUCAAUGUGUCCUGGUACCUCUCUGGCCAGUACCUGAACAAGCACUCAAACUAUUUAUGAAUGCAUUUUAUAUGGCUUUGCUACGAGGGAGCUGUACCAGCCGAGCUCUAAAGUAUGCUAUGCGUAUAAUGCAAGAGAGUAAACGGUAUGCACAUCCUGCAAAUUGGGUUGGAUUUGUACUGGUUGGUAAUGAUGUCAUUAUUGACGAUCAGAAACACAGACUAGCUGCUGCACUUCGUGUCAUGCUGCAGUACCCUGAACAUAACAUACAGGCCUUUAAGGCUGUAAAGUACUUUGUCACCAAGGCUCAGGAACGGAUUAGUCGUGGCAUGACGUCGGCUCAGUUUGUAGAGUAUGCUCAUCUGCAAGAGAGACUUGGCACUCAAAGUCGUGGAGGUUGGGAGGACGUAUUGACUUGCUGUGGAUUUCAGUUUCAAGGCCCCAUAUCAGUUGACGGAAAGGCUCCGAAUGGAGUGCGGAUUAGGCAACCACGGUCAGUUAUCUUCUUUCCAGAGCACGAUGACGCUGGAAUCCAUAAGGAAUGCAUUCGUCUGCUGGAGGCAAUGCUGGGUUUAAGUCCUGCUGCCCUCAAAGCUAUUGCAAUGCUCCUGCGAGCUCCGCAACUGUCAACUUCACUCCGCAGCCUUCUUCAAACUGUCCUAGAUUGUUUGCAAAGAAGUGAUCAGGAUGAGGGAAUAAUUGUAGCCUUGGAAUUUUCUCUGUGGCAUGUUGUUGGCUGUCGCCCUCUUCUUGAGGCAUUGGCUUUCGAGCCAAAAGAAGAAAAAGACGGUGAAGUCGUACUUCUAAUUCCCCGCACUGUUGACCAAGACAUGAUACUGAAGACAAUAGACAUUCUCACUUCAGUACUUGGCCCUCUAGAGUCUACAAUAAGUGAUCCACUACCUGACGUAGCCGAAGCAUUUGAAGGACUAACAACAGCAACAUUACAAACAACAGAGUUGUAAUUAUCACAGGUUGAUAUAGAAGAGUUAUUCAUUAAGUUUUUACACAGUUGCAAGGUUUAUAUGAACAGUUCUUGACUUGCUGUGGGUUGAUUGGAUAUUUCCUAUUUAUGUAGUGAGGUUAAUUAAGUGAGGUCUUGAUCGGUCCUCUGAAACAGAUUAUUUUCUGUACUUAUGUACUUUGACAGAUAGUGAAUUGAGUCAGCAUAUAACAAAUGUACAUUGGAUUCAUUAUUCAA